AUGCCGCAUACACUGGCGAUUCCGGGAAUCUUGAAAUGGGAGGGGGCAGUUUGGGGUCGGAUUCGUGCUGAUUGCAAGGAUCUGCAUAAAAAUGGUCAUACUAAUUCCGGUGUAUACGAGAUUUACCCUGAUGGUACCAACACCAGUCCUAUCAGAGUGUUCUGUGACAUGGACACAAAAGGAGGCGGGUGGACGGUAAUCCAAAAACGAGUGGAUGGAUCCCAGAGCUUUGACAAGGACUGGGAGGCGUAUAAGAAUGGUUUCGGUACACUGGAUCGGGAUGUUUGGAUAGGAAAUGACAUAAUUCAUCAGUUAACAAAGGGAAAUCACUCGUCCCUUUAUGUCUCCAUCACUCCCCAGGAUGGUACAAGUCUGUACGAGUUGUACGACAAGUUCGCCAUUUCUGACGAAACAGAGAAGUAUAAACUGUUUCUGGAGGGACCCGCAACGGGAACAUUAGGUGACAGUAUGUUGAACACUGGGUAUAGAUCACGUGACCUGUCUGGGAUGUAUUUCUCUACUCCCGACAGAGAUAACGAUCAGUGGAUCGGAAGCUGUGCUGCUUACUUUGACUGCAGAGGAGGCUGGUGGUUCAACAGCUGUUACCUCGCAUUCCUGAACGGUCCCUGGUCUUCAAAUAGGUGGGAUUGGCCUUGGUAUCCAACAAUUACAUCAGGAACAUCUGUCAAGGAGACACUAAUGAUGAUAAGACGUCAUUAG